CUGCUCUCAUCUAUCAGUUUCGGUAAUCACGUGAUGUAAGGUGGUGUUGAAAUCCGGUUCUGAGACUAACCCUUUAAAAGUGCCUGCACACUUUGUUUUAAUGCUAACUGGUGCACAGCUGUGCCUUGAGGUAAGCCUGAGUUUAGAUAACCUAAAAAAGGAAGAGCUUCUUCAAAAAGGAAGUUUGCAAAGACAGAGCUAAAUUGAGAUUAGACAGAGAUAUUCAAAAAGAAACACAACAGAGAAGUUCUCUGAUGGACAGAAUUCACAAGGUCUGAUAUAUAUACACAUACAAUGACAAAAAACAAUACUCAAAUAGUCCCCAUUGCGUCGCUGAACACCACAUCGAAAAUUCCCCAACAAAACUGCCAGACGGACAACAUCAGCUUGCAGGUCCUGCUGGCUAUUUUCUAUGCACUCUUCUUCCUGUUUGGGUUGUUUGGGAACCUGCUGGCUAUCUGGGUGUUUCUACGAGUUCAUCAAAAGAAAAACUCUGUUCGUAUUUUCCUCAUUAACCUGGCUCUGGCUGACUUACUCCUUGUGAUCUGCCUGCCUUUCCGAGUGGUGUACCAUUCAAACAAUGAACGUUGGGUGCUGCCGCCAAUAUUGUGCACGAUGGUGGGGAUUAUCUUUUACAUGAACAUGUACAUGAGUAUAGUCUUACUAGGAUUAAUUAGUAUAGAUCGUUAUCUGAAGUUCAAGAAGUUGUCCUGUAGGCGGUCGUUCCUGGAUAGACGAUGGAGCCUGCUUCUCUGCGGUGUCAUCUGGGCUGUGGUUUUUGUUUGUGGCAUUUGCUUCACUGUGCAGAAUACAGAGCAAGGUGAAUCCCAACAGUGCUUUCAAUACAAAAAACUUUAUGAAUCCAAAUGGAAAGCCUAUUUAAACUUUGCCAUUGUGGGUAUAUUUUGGAUGGUCUAUGGAGCAUUGGUAAUCUCCUACGGAAGGAUCGGAAUGAACCUCCUAAGAGCCUCCAAAGAGAAACCAGAUUUCCCAAAUGCGGCCAAGUACAACAAAACAGCAUGGAAGUCCUUCUUUCUGCUCCUUCUCUUCACAAUAUGUUUUGUGCCCUACCACUCUGUAAGGAUGUUCUACAUCAUGUCACAGAUAGCUAACACCUCUUGUGAGUGGAUAAGGGUGUUGGAUAAAACCAAUGAAGUAGUUCUGCUACUGUCUGUCUUUAACAGCUGUCUGGAUCCAGUCAUGUACUUUUUGUUCUGUAGUUCUAUUCGCAAAGUGACUCUGAAGAUAAUCUGUAAUAGUAAAAUGCAAGAGGACUGAACAGUUCUAGUGACACUCCACAAGAGCUGCUAAAUAUCAGUACAGUUGUGUCUAUGACAAACACUCAGGAAGUCAUACUUCUAAAAACACCAGAGACAGAUAAAGUGGGGCUAUGACUGUUCUUAAAAAAUAUAAACCAUGUCCAAAGGCAGAGGAAAGUUUAUUUUUAUUAUUUUUAUUAUUAUUAUGCAAGUAUAGAAUGUGACAAUAUUUACAUGUUCACAGCAAAGUCAAUGGAACGUUAAAGGAAAUGCACUAUUGUGUUGUGAACUGUGCUGAGUAUAUCUGUGCAUUUACUUUCGGUAAUCUUUAGAAACACUUUUUUAAAACUUUCAAUAAAAGUUACGUUCAUACAUUUUACAGAAUUUUCAUAUAAAAAAUAUUAACAUGCCCUUACUGCAUCAUGAACUAACAAAGAACACAUUUUUUUCAAAGCAUGUAU